GCGCUGCCGCGGCGGGAGCGGAGCGCAGCGGGGCGGGCGGCGAUGGGGCUGUGCUGAGGCUCCAGGGUGCCCAUGAGGCGCCGGGCAGAGCCGAGCCGAGCCGGGCGGGCUCCAGCCAUGCAUCCCGCUGCGCCCGCGGGCACAUGGGGCAGCGCUUGAACCGCUGCCUCGAUGUCCCCGUCGCGUUGCCGCCGCUGAGGCGGAGGCUGCUGCUGCUCUUCAUCAUGCUCUUCCUCUGGCUCUAUAUGUUCUACUCGUGCGCCGGCUCCUGCGCCGGGCUGACGACCCGCGGGUCCCCCGCGCCGCCCCGCGCCGCCCCGCCGCUGCCGGGAGAGCCGAGCGAGGAGAGCAGCCUGGAGGAGCAGCGGGCAGCGCCCGACGCCGGUAGCCCCAUCUCCAGCUUCUUCAACGGCUCCGGUACCAAGCGGCUGCCGCAGGCCAUCAUCAUCGGCGUGAAGAAGGGCGGGACGCGGGCGCUGCUGGAGUUCCUGCGGGUGCACCCCGACGUGCGCGCCGUCGGCGCCGAGCCGCACUUCUUCGACCGCAACUACGAGCGGGGGCUCGCCUGGUACAGGGAGCUGAUGCCCAGGACUCUGGAGGGGCAGAUCACCAUGGAGAAGACCCCCAGCUACUUCGUCACCAAGGAGGCCCCGGCCCGCAUCUCCUCCAUGUCCAAGGGCACCAAGCUGAUCGUGGUGGUGCGGGACCCCGUGACCAGAGCCAUCUCGGACUACACCCAGACGCUCUCCAAGAAGCCUGACAUCCCCACCUUCGAGAGCCUGACCUUCAAAAACAGGACUACGGGCCUGAUCGACACCUCGUGGAGCGCCAUCCAGAUCGGCAUCUACGCCAAGCACCUGGAGAACUGGCUGCUGCACUUCCCCAUCGGGCAGAUCCUCUUUGUCAGCGGGGAGAGGCUGAUCAGCGACCCCGCGGGGGAGCUGGGCAGGGUCCAGGACUUUCUGGGCCUCAAGAGGAUCAUCACGGACAAACACUUCUACUUCAACAAAACCAAGGGCUUCCCGUGCCUGAAGAAGGCGGAGGGCAGCAGCAAACCCCACUGCCUGGGCAAGACAAAAGGCAGGACCCACCCUGACAUCGACCAGGAGGUGGUGCAGAGGCUGAGGGACUUCUACCGGCCCUUCAACAUGAAGUUCUACCAGAUGACAGGGCAGGACUUCGGCUGGGACUGAGCCUGGCAUGGGAAAGUCCCCUGUUAUUACUUGCCCAGCACGGUUUGCUUAUAUAAAGAGAUAUAUAUGUAUGUAAAAUGUACAGAAAUCUAUUUUAUAAUAAUUUAUUUUUAAUUCCUAAGCAAUUAAUUCACUAAGCUGCCUAACCACACUGGCUAGAACGGUAGCCUGUAACCUGUUUAACAUUCCACGGUGUUUUAUUCUAAUGUCUCUCCUUUCCUUGGAUUUUUGCCCUUCUUCUUUCUCUUUGGUUUGGUUUGUAACAGACAGUGCUUCCACUUUUCCUAAACAAAAUUUGUAUUUAAAAAUCAAAAGAAGGGAGGGAGGGAAAGCACAAGUUUAUUUUUGUUACGGGUAUCUGGCCUUUAUAAACAUUUGCUUUCCCUAUUCCAGUGUCCCAGUCUCUGCUCCGCUGUUGUGCUCCCUCAUCCCACAGUUUUCUGGUUAGUCCCAUGGCCCUGGGAGGUGUUUCUCUGGGGUGGGUGGGAGGAAGGCUGGGCAUCCCUGCACCCCACAUACCUCUGCUGACCAGCAGCAUGUUUUCCCAGUGGCUGUGAGCCUGGGAACCCCAAGCCAAGGGCUCCUGCUCAGGGUUGCCAGGAGGGCAAUGUGCUCUUUUUCCAGCAGAGAACCUGCAGAGCUUGUUGCAUGGCCAGAGCUCUCCUCAGUACAGUUUUUCUUCCUGCUUUUUGUCCAGGAGGUUCUUGCCCACAGUCCCUCUAUGCAUUUAAAAUCUUUACUGCAGGUCAAAUGUAAAAUGCUGUAUCUGUGUGUGACAUGUGUGGUGCUGGUCAGAGUGCAGAGAGUGUUGCUCCAGGAACACCCAUGCACACCAGGCACUGCUGGGAGAUGGCACAUGGAGCACCCUCCACCCACCAAAGACACCAGCAGAGCCACUGGGAAAAGCUCAGGUGUCUGCCUGGCAUCAUACCCAGCAUGGAGCAUGUGCCAGAACAUGGCACAGGCACUGUUACCUCCAGCCCCAUGGCCACCACAGCACCUUCCAGUACAUGAGACUGGGGAACAUCACCCUUAGCCUCUUAAUUCCCAUCGGUUUUUGGUCCAGCACCCUAUCUGUGGUCUCUCCCAAGGAGCAUAAUUUGCUUAGAGCCAGGGAGAAGUGCUGCUCUACCAACAAGGGUGAAUGUGUAGGAGGGCAGGGGGGAAUCUGGGCAUGCUGGGGUUGGGGUAUUCCUGGCAGUCCCUGGGUGCCCUGGCUGAGCACAGGGGUAGCAGCCAGGCAGGACAGGAGGCUCCAAAUACGUAACCAUUAACCUGAAUGAAAUCCUUCUCCUCAGGUGUAAGCACUAGCUGUGGGACUCCAGGACAGGUUAGGUGGGCUGUCCUAAGAGCUCUGCCAGUGUUUUGUGGGCUCAGCAGGUCCUUAUAAGCACUGUGUGUGUCUGAUGCCUUAUCAUUGCUGCCAGAGGUUCUGCCAGCUUGACUGGAACACCUUCAGAGCAAAGUGGCAGAAGAAAUGAUUUUGUCCUUGAAUGUUUAACAGAAAGAGAGCUCUGAUGUCUUUGGGCAGCAGAACUGCCCACACCUCAUCUUCAGCCCUGAAAUGGUGCACUGCACUGAGCAUCUCCUGGGGUUGCUGUGGGAGCACUUCCAGAGGCAGUGUGAGUGAAAUUGGAAACAACAAAAGCACCAAUGGGCAGAACAUCUAAUUUCAUAUGCAUUGCCUAUAGAAAUCCAUGCCCUGCACCUCUCCAUAGUUACCCAUAGCUCCCCCUUGGAGCUGCCCAUUGCAGCUGUGCCCAGCUGUGGUGGGGCCCAUUCAGUGGUGUUUUCCAAAUGUUUGUUUUACUUUUGCAGCCUCCUUACUCUUGUCUGCCCCUUCCAUCUCUCUGCUGUGGCUGUUGGGUGAUGAAAAUGUUCUUCAGACCAUGGGCUGCUCUGUCUGGGUCUUGAACUAGUCCUGCUCCAGCAGACAGAGCAAAGAGCAGACUUGGCUCUGUGUCUGCUGCAGGUGCCAGGGAGCUGCCCUUCAGAGCUCUGCUUAAACCUGAGGGCUUUUGGCCUGCUCAGCAGUGUCACACCUCCAAAGGGAUUUAGGGACUUGCACCACCACGUGUGGGUUUACACUUGAGGUGCAGUGCAUGUGGGUGACCUCAAGGAAAGGGAGAUUUUAAGCAUAACAUCAUCAGGCUGAGCUGCCUACAAAGUUGCUGUGAGCAGGAUCCAAAUUCCUCCUUGGAGUUUGCCUCCAAACACAUUUUCCUACAAACAGGGAAGUUCUCCUUCUUGCCCUGAGACAUUUCUAGUGAAGAAAUGACAGUUUGGGCCAAUGCAGUCUGACUUCAGAGGGUUCAGGCGGGAUGCGGGACCUGCUGGGCUCUGCAGGCUGACAGCCCCUGCAAAAUCCAGCUGCAGGCCUGAGCAGCUGGGUGGAUCUAUGCACUUUUGAGGGGUUUGGCUUCAACUCCAGCCAGGUCCCAGGCUCUGUUUCCUGCUGCCACGACAGGUGAUGAGUGCAGGAGUGUGUCUGCUUUAUUGCAGACCCUGCCACUGUUGGGUGACUGAGGGGAAGGAGCUGCAGGCACUAAGAAAAUACUUCCUGGUGGAAAGCCAAGUAAUUUUUUGGUUCUCAAAACCUCCGUCUUCCUUCUAGCAGCUUAUGCAAUGCAUGGAAAGAAGCUUGACCUCUCCACUUGGCCCUUGGGUGAGCUCCCAGCCGUGGUUGUGCCACCUCCCAGUGUUUCACUGGUGGAGCCUCCGGGAGCUGUCUUGGCAUGGGCUCCUUCCAGGUGCUUCCCUGCGGAGUCUGUGCUGGUCCUCAGUGCCCCAAGAGUUUUACAUCCCCUACGUCUUCCUUGCUUUCCCGGAAACGAGUGUUUAAUAUCCCAAUGCCUUCCUCAGCUGUUCAGCAGAGUGUGGGCUUCAUAUGUAUAAUCAAGCCCUGCUGCGAAGAACUCUUGAGCAAUCUUGUAGGAGAGUGGAAAUACAGAGCGUGAGGAAUAACUCUUCUAACCAUAAACAAAUUAUCUCAGUAUCCUUCAUAAUGAAGUCUGCACUAGACUUUUAAUGUAAAAGAGCCUUACCUAACAAAUAUGACAAUGAAGGUGAAUUCUCUGUGGUGUUCAUCUGGUUGCUAACACUGGAAUCAGUGCAUUUCUUUUUAAAUACCCCACUUAUUUUUCUUUUAAAUUAAGCUUGAAGGUGUGAUUAGAAGUUUGGUUGGUUGAUUUUUUUUCCACAUUGUAACAUUAAUUUAUGGCUGAGUUUAAUUCAGUCCUGUAUUCAGAAGUGCAGUAUAGCUAUUAGUGAUGUGUUGUCUGUUACAAGGUUCUAUAGUGUAGUAGCCAAUUUGUUAAAAAAAAAAAUAAAAAAAAAAAAGAAAGGAAAACACACAAAAAAAGCCACAAAAAAGAAAAUCUAAAAAAAAAAGUAUAUGGAGUAUUUUGUGGUAUGUACAACACAAAUUAAUUUUACACAGAGAAAGAUGUUUCUAGGAAAAUGAAAUUCUGAUAAUUCAUACUAUUUGUAUGAAGAAAUAAAAACUCUAUUUUCUGAAGCGA